GACUCCUAGGGACUUGCAGACUAGUGAGAGAGAAAGAACAUCGCAGUAGCCAAGCAGAACCAGGACAGGUGAGGCGCAGGCUGGCCUUCCUCUCCCGGCACGGUGUGGAGUCCUGCCCCGCCUCAGGGCUUUCCGGAGCUUGGAUCCUCAGUAGACCUGGCCGCGGGGAGUGGGGAGGGAAGGGGUGUCUAUUGGGCAACAGGGCGGGGCAAAUCCCUGAAUAAAGGGGCGCAGGGCAGGCGCAGGUGGCAGAGCCUUCGUUUGCCAAGUCGCCUCCGGACUUCAAACAUGAAGCUUGUCUUCCUUGCCCUACUGUUCCUCGGGACCCUCGGACUGUGUCUGGCUGCCCGUAGGAGGAGUGUUCGAUGGUGCACUGUAUCCCAACCCGAGGCCACAAAAUGCUCCCAAUGGCAAGGGAAUCUGAGAAGAGUGCGUGGCCCUCCUGUCAGCUGCAUAAAGAGAGCCUCCCCCACCAACUGUAUCCAGGCCAUUGCGGCAAACAAGGCCGAUGCUAUGACCCUUGAUGGUGGUUUGAUGUACGAAGCAGGCCUGGCCCCCUACAAACUGCGACCUGUAGCAGCGGAAGUCUACGGGACCGAAGAAAAGCCACGAACCCACUAUUAUGCCGUGGCUGUGGUGAAGAAGGGCGGCCGCUUUCAGCUGAACGAACUGCAAGGUCUGAAGUCCUGCCACACAGGCCUUCGCAGGACCGCUGGGUGGAAUGUCCCUAUAGGGAUGCUUCGUCCAUUCUUGAACUGGAUGGGUCCACCUGAGCCCAUUGAGGCAGCUGUGGCCAGGUUCUUCUCAGCCAGCUGUGUUCCCGGUGCAGAUGAAGGACAGUUCCCCAACCUGUGUCGCCUGUGUGCGGGGACAGGGGAAAACAAAUGUGCCUUCUCCUCCCAGGAACCGUACUUUGGCUACUCUGGUGCCUUCAAGUGUCUGAGAGACGGGGCUGGAGACGUGGCUUUUAUCAGAGAGAGCACAGUGUUUGAGGACCUGUCAGACCCGGCUGAAAGGGACAAUUAUGAGCUGCUCUGCCCAGACAAUACUCGGAAGCCAGUGGACAAGUUCAAGGAGUGCCACCUGGCACGGGUCCCUUCUCAUGCCGUUGUGGCACGAAGUGUGAACGGCAAGGAGGACGCCAUCUGGGAGCUUCUCCGCGAGGCACAGGAGAAGUUUGGAAAGGACAAGUCACCAGCGUUCCAGCUCUUUGGCUCUCCGAGAGGGCAGAAGGAUCUGCUGUUCAAGGACUCCGCCAUCGGGUUUUCGAGGGUCCCCCCGAGGAUCGAUUCUGGGCUGUACCUUGGCUCCGGCUACUUGACUGCCAUCCAGAACUUGAAGGAAAGUGAGGAGGAGGUGGCUGCCCGGCGUGCGCGGGUCGUGUGGUGUGCAGUGGGCCAGCAGGAGCUGGAAAAGUGUGACCAGUGGAGUGCCCUGAGUGAAGGCAAUGUGAACUGCUCCUUGGCCUCCACUGCGGACGACUGCAUCGCCCUGGUGCUGAAAGGAGAAGCUGAUGCCAUGAGUUUGGAUGGAGGAUAUGUGUACACUGCAGGCAAAUGUGGUUUGGUGCCUGUCCUGGCAGAGAACUACAAACCCCAACAAAGCAGUGACCCUGAUCCUAACUGUGUGGAUAGACCUGUGGAAGGAUAUCUUGCUGUGGCGGUGGUUAGGAAUUCAGACACUGGCCUUACGUGGAACUCUCUGAAAGGCAAGAAGUCCUGCCACACUGCGGUGGACAGGACUGCAGGCUGGAACAUCCCCAUAGGCCUGCUCUUCAACCAGACGGGCUCCUGCAAAUUUGAUGAGUACUUCAGUCAAAGCUGUGCCCCUGGGGCUGACCCAAGAUCUAAUCUCUGUGCUCUGUGUAUUGGCAAUGAGCAGGGUGAGAAUAAGUGCGUGCCCAACAACAAUGAGAGAUACUACGGCUACAAUGGGGCUUUCCGGUGCCUGGCUGAGAAUGCUGGAGACGUUGCGUUUGUGAAAGAUGUCACCGUCUUGCAGAACACUGAUGGAAAGAACACUGAAGCAUGGGCGAAGGAUUUGAAGCUGAACGACUUUGAGCUGCUGUGCCUCGAUGGCACGCGGAAGCCUGUGACUGAGGCUAGGAGCUGCCAUCUCGCCAUGGCCCCGAAUCAUGCCGUGGUGUCUCGGACAGAUAAGGUGGAACGCCUGAAACAGGUGCUGUUCGACCAACAGGCUAAAUUUGGGAAAAAUGGAUCUGGCUGCCCGGGCACGUUUUGCUUAUUCCAGUCUAAAACCAAAAACCUUCUGUUCAAUGACAACACUGAGUGCCUGGCCAGACUCCAUGGCAAAACAACAUAUGAAAAAUAUUUGGGACCACAGUAUGUCACAGCCGUUACUAAUCUGAAAAAGUGCUCAACCUCCCCCCUCCUGGAAGCCUGUGCAUUCCUCCAGAAGUAAAACCCAAGAAGAUGGCCCAGCCUCCCCAAGGAAGCCUCAGCCAUUCACUGCUUCCAGCCCUUCUCCCCGGGUGUGCUGGGGCCUUGGCCUCCCUGGCUGAGGGUGGGGAUUGCCCAUCCAUCUGCUCACAAUUCCCUGCUGUCGUCUUAGCAAGAAAUAAAAUGAGAAAUAUUGUUGAUAUUCUCUCC